AUGUCGGCGGCUCUACCUGGAAACCGUGACCCGCCAGCGUCGCGGUACGACCUCUCGUCGUACUGGGGUCGCGUGCGCCAGUCAAUAGACAUAGCUGAUCCGAGAACGUUGUUCGUCUCCUCCUCCGGCCUUGAGCAUGCGAAACAAUUGGUCACAUCGUACAAGAAGGGAGAGAUACAGAGCAUGACACCUGAGCUAUGGCAGGCGAAGAAGGUGAUAGAUUCGACUUUGCAUCCUGACACAGGUCAACCCGUCUUCCUACCGUUUCGAAUGUCCUCCUUCGUGAUAUCGAACUUGAUUGUGACGGCAGGUAUGCUGACUCCAGGCAUGGGAACUACCGGCACUCUGCUUUGGCAGAUUACGAAUCAAUCUCUGAACGUUGCUAUUAACAGUGCCAAUGCAAACAAAUCGACGGCUUUGACGACAGGACAACUGGUACAGAACUACUUUGCUGCUGUAACAGCGUCUUGCACAGUUGCUCUAGGUCUUAAUGCUAUUGUGCCGCGACUGAAAAGCGUUUCGCCGAACACGAAAAUGAUCUUGGGACGGCUAGUACCUUUCGCAGCUGUCGCAAGUGCAGGUGCAUUGAACGUUUUCCUCAUGAGAGGUGAAGAGAUUCGACGAGGUAUCGAUAUCUUUCCAGUGCAGACCGAUGAAGAGAAGGCAGCAAGAGAAAAGACAGGCAAAGAAGUGCAAAGUAUAGGCAAGAGCAAGAAAGCUGCGACACUAGCUGUGGGAGAAACUGCUAUCAGUCGGGUGCUGAAUGCAACACCUAUCAUGGUCCUACCGCCUUUGAUACUUGUAAGGCUGCAGAAGACGGACUGGCUGAAACAACGGCCAAGGAUGGUUUUGCCGGUCAAUUUGGGCUUGAUCCUUACUACGAGUAUCUUUGCUCUGCCAUUGGCACUGGCUGCAUUUCCUCAACGACAAGCUGUUAGCGCAUCGUCGCUGGAAGAAGAGUUCCAUAGUAAGGGAGGUCUUGGUGGUAUGGUCGAAUUCAACAGAGGAAUAUAG